AUGUCGGAUGCGAGUGGUGAGAUGUCUGGCAUGGUUGGAAAAGGGCAAGAUGGUGCUGGUUCAAGUUUUACCGCCGGAAAUCGAUCGCAUCAAUACAAUCCUUUCAACAUCUCUAGCACCUGUACCGCCAUUACCGUCGCCGUCGAGUUCGACGUUCUCGAGACGGCCCGUAUGCUGGAGACACAGCUACGCGAAAUCGAGAGUCUCUGCCAAGAAGCCAAGUCUGCUUGUGACAAGAACAAGGCGAGAAAGAAGGCUCCCGAGAAACACUUGUCGUCCCUCAAUGCCCAGCUUCAGCUGGAGACUGCGGAAACGGAAAGGUUUUGUGGCAGGCUCGCGUCGAAGUCGCCGCCAAUCUUUCCCGACCUCAGUCCACGCUCACUCGACUCUCACUUUCACGUCUUUACUGACAAACCUGACCAUAACAACGACACUUACACGUUCACUGGCAACGCAUGGACGAGCCACGCAGUAUCUGAGCCCACCGCCCUCGCAGCGUCCGCGUUCAUCUCUCAUCCCGAGUCGUUUAGCGACACAUACGUCUCUGCUGAUGGCGCUAGGCGACAGACUACGCUGCUGGCCUCCGACAGCCAAACGAACUUCCAGCACAUUCCUUUACCACCUGUUCAACACCUCGCGUAUCAGUCAAUUGGACUAGAUGCGCCAUACAACAGCCUGGUGUCCCUGAAAAGCCAGUGCCCUAGCACAGAUGCCGCGCUUUCUCCAUCUGCCUAG